GUUAAUCGAUUUUCUGGUGUACUUUCUUCGCUUCUCUCUCUUCUUUACUCUUUUAGUGGACUUUGUCAGUUGUCACCAACUCAUGUCCAAAUAAUACAUGCUUCCUUGUAUCUCUAAUUCUCUACCCUAAGAAAAAGUCGAAAUUUCGGCAACUUUUCGGUGAAUUUCCACUCUUCAAUUCCUUAAUCCUGCUGUUUUCCCUCUUCCCCCAAUUUUCUUCCCCAAUUCAAUCCUUCAUUUCCUCAUAUUAGGAAGAAAUCGCGAAUUUUAGGUUUGGGUGAUUGAUUGAUUACUUCUCAUGUUUAAUUCUCUUCCAUUUUCUCCUAAAUCGCCUGUAAAUUUCACAACAAAUACUCCAUUUCCUUACUCAAUUUCUCAUCUUUUCCUCCCUUCCGACGUUUUCUUCAUACUAUACUUCAAUUGCUCUCGUUUUCGCCUAAAAAUUUGAUGAUUUUUUCCAUCCUUCAUUUUUCGAUACAAUUUCACAAAAUCAAGCGUAGUAAUUGAAUUGUUCUUUUCUUUCGAUUGAAAAAAUGGCGGCAUCUAUUGAUGAAUUACCCUCUCAUAUUGUGUUGGAGAUUUUGACUUCAGGAAGGUUGAGUGCUGUUGAUCUUGUGUGUUUGGAAUUGGCUUCUUCUAUUUUUGGAGGAAGUCAAGGGUUGUACCCUCUGAAAUAUCGGUCUCUCGUUGAUUUGGCUGCGUUUCAGCUAUGUGUUUCGCACCCGGUUUACGCCCCCAUGGGUUUCGAAGCUCGUAAGGCGCUUAUUGAUCGGUGUGGUGGUAAUUGGAAGAGGGUUUUGAGGUUCUUGCAAUCUGUUUAUCAAGCCUCUGGCAUUGUUGAGACUUCAGCAGGCAAUAUGCAGAUAAAAGCUGGAAGAUAUCACACUCUGCUUGUCAGCAAUUCAUCUGUUUAUUCUUGUGGUUCCAGCUUGUGUGGUGUUCUUGGUCAGGGCUCAGAAAUGACACAGUGCGUAUCAUUUAGCCCGAUCAGUUUUCCUUCUUCUUCACCUGUGUUCCAAGUUUCUGCUUCACACAAUCACGCUGCUUUUGUCACACAGUCCGGAGAGGUUUUCACUUGUGGAGACAAUUCCUCAUUUUGUUGUGGGCAUAAAGAUACAGGUCGUCCCAUUUUCCGGCCUCGGUUUGUUGAAGCCCUGAAAGGCAUUCCUUGUCAGCAAGUUGCUGCAGGACUUAGUUUUACUAUGUUCCUCACAAGAGAAGGCCAUGUUUAUACAUGCGGAACAAACACAAACGGACAACUUGGUCAUGGUGAUACAAUGGAUAGACCAACACCAACACUUGUGGAGCUGCUUGAGGGUUUUGGCUCAAUGGUUCAGAUUUCAGCUGGUCCAAGUUACUCUUUAGCUGUGGCUCAUGACGGUACAGUAUACUCAUUUGGUUCAGGUACCAAUUUCUGUUUAGGACAUGGUGAGCAACAUAAUGGACACCAGCCCCGGGCUAUCUUGUCAUUUAGAAGAAAGGGUAUUCAUGUAGUUCGUGUCUCAGCCGGUGAUGAGCAUGUUGUUGCUCUUGAUUCUUGUGGAUAUGUGUAUACAUGGGGAAAAGGUUAUUGUGGCGCUUUGGGUCAUGGGGACGAGAAUGAUAAGACAACUCCAGCGCUUGUAAGCAGCCUGAAGAAUCAUCUUGCUGUGCAGGUUUGUGCUAGUAAGAGGAAAACAUUUGUUCUAGUGGACUCUGGCUCUGUUUAUGCCUUUGGGUGGAUGGGUUUUGGUAGCCUUGGGUUUACAGAUAGGGGAGUAUCUGAUAAGGUCACUAGGCCACGAAUCCUUGAUAGCUUGAGAGGUCACUAUAUCUCACAGAUAUGCACUGGCCUAUAUCAUACUGUGGUGGUUACCAGCCGAGGUCAAAUUUUUGGCUUUGGGGAUAAUGAAAGAGCUCAACUUGGACAUGAUUCAUUAAGAGGUUGCCUUGAACCAACUGAAAUCUUUGUUGAUGAGAUGGACGAUUCUGUUGCUGCCAAAGCAAGCGCUUAAAUGGUUGCUUACUGACCUAGUUGAUGUUAUUUAUGAUGUUUUUAGCUGAGGAUGACUAGUUUAUAAACGUUCCUGUCAUAUGUUGACAUUUGAUCUAGAUGUGGUUGUGUUAGAUUUGGCUGUAUGCCUGUAUCAAAAAGUACAUAGAUUGUGUAUAACUACGAUUCUGUUUUCCUGGUUGACAUGCAGGAUUUGGACCAAUUAUUUGGUGAAUGGAUUAAGGUUGUGUUUCUGAA